ACACACAAUAUUUUCUCAUUACUAAAUAUCCCGCAAUUUAAAAAAUCCUUUACCGAAAGAGACGAGUAAAAAGGACAGAAAAAAAAAAUGGUGAAAGAAAUUCAGCGACUCAGUGAAGACGAAAGAAAAGCUCUCAGACGCAGCAAAUUCGCUCCACUUCCUCCUAAACCUUCUUCUUCGUCGUCGUCUUCUCUUCCCAGGCUUGCUCAUCCUGGUGGACCUGUAACGACAAAUAAGGCAGCUGCAUUGGCGAAGUUUCUUGAGAGGAAACUGCAGGAACCUGGUGGAUUGGAUACCUUAAAACCUGAACUCAUUGAGCUCGCUGUCAAGAAUGCAAAGGAGACUGUGAAUGCUAGUGGAACUUCAAAACAUGGGAAGAUCAUACGACAUGUCACUUCGUUUGAUGAUGAUGAGGAUCAUUCAUCCAAAGAUGGAUCAACAUUUGAGCCGAAGAAGAAAAAAUUGAAAAAAGAAAAGAAAGAUAAGAAGAAGAACAAAAAGAAAAAGGUCGAAGAUCAAUAAUGUUCAAGGAAGUGUUUUAAAGAGAUCUUACAACGUGGAUAGUUUAGGUUUUUAUGUUACUGAUCAACUCGUUUUUGUAGAAACAGUUAACAGAAACUUGUGGAUAGAUUUGAGAAUACUUAUAAUUUUUUUUUUAUGUAAGGAUAAAUUUACAUGUGAUGGAUUGUCAUGUGAAAGGCUUCCUUAGUACUCCCUCUACCCCAUAAUAUAAUAAUUGACAUUAACCUCUACACGGUACACAUGUCAAUAUGUUAUUUGAUCUUAUUAUUAU